UACUGUGUGUGCUUAAAAACUUAGCUGGACCUUGUUUCUGCUCUGUUGCUGCCUGGCUGGUUUAACAUCCUGUGGGAGCAGGGGCUAUUCUGCUCAGCCCAACUUCACGGCGUCCACAGCAGUCCUGUGCAGGUCACCUGUUCCCAGGCAUUCCCGCUGCACAUGAGUGGAACAGCAAUGAGAGCCAGUCAGGUGAACUUUGAAAAUGCAAUGAAUCAGGUGAAGCUUUUAAAGAAAGAUCCAGGAAAUGAAGUGAAGCUAAAACUCUAUGCACUCUAUAAGCAGGCCACGGAAGGCCCUUGUAAUGCGCCCAAGCCUGGUGUGUUCGACUUUGUCAAUAAGGCCAAAUGGGAUGCAUGGAAUGGCCUUGGCAGCCUGCCCAAGGAAACUGCCAGGCAGAACUAUGUGGAUUUGGUGUCCAAUUUGAGCUCAUCUGAGUCCUCUAGCCAGGUAAAACCUGGCGCGGAGAGUAAGCAAGGGGCAUAUGAAUUCCUGGUGGUAACCUCUGAGGACGGCAUCACGAAGAUAAUGUUGAACCGGCCGGCCAAGAAGAACGCUAUCAGCACCAAGAUGUAUCAGGAAAUUAUGCUUGCACUUCAGGCCGCUGGCAAGGAUGACUCAGCCUUAACUGUGUUAACAGGAAAUGGUGAUUAUUACAGUAGUGGAAAUGAUCUGAAUAACUUCACCGACAUUCCCCCUGGUGGAGUAGAACAGAAAGCUAAAGAUAGUGUCAUUUUAGUGAGGUAAGUGGGACAUUGUUCUGAUACCAGA